GGCAUGAGGGCACCCACAACAAAGGUGUUUACAUGUCACAGUGUGCAAGAUCUCUGCACUGCAUCUGUGCACGGUGUUUGUGCACUUGUUUUUGACAGCUUAUGUGUAUUCUGUACAUGUUGUCAUGGUGUUUUGUGAAAGUGAUCUGCUCUUGUGAUGAUUGGUGAUCGAUACUCAAAUGAAAUAAUGCUGGGAAAAUGCAGGCAUACUCAGUUACUUCCCCUGGUGGUGUUUGCAGCAGUACUGGUGACAGUAGGUGGCGCCACUGACUGGGGGGACCUGAGACUCCCCCAGGAGCAUGUGCCUUACUUCUUCAGGAACAAUCCUGACAUCAAACAGAAGUGCCAAGAUGAUGAUGCAUGUCCUUACAAGAAUGAAACCCAAUCAAAGCGUUGCUGGGGUUACGAGAAAUCAUGUCCCGAGAAACAGAGGAUGAGCAUGCCGCACUGCAACAGCAAGGAGAGAAGGAUAAGCAAUGAAGAGACCAACCUGGAGAUAUUCUGGAAGCAGGCUGACUUUGGCUUGGUGAAGGAGAGGCACAGUGAAUUCAAGUACUACUGCAAGCCUACUCACAAAGACGACUCCUCGCUGCGCUGCGUGGACCACAUGCGGUACUGUCACGUCACCAACCUCUACCUGGACUUCCGCAGGGCCAACAUGAAGCAGAGCAACAACAGGUACCGUGAGGAUCUCUUGGAGGACGGGAAGAUUGGAGGUCACUGUACGCUGGACAAGGCCUCUCUAGCCAGGCAGGGUGACCACAAGAGUCCUCUGCAGUCAUGGUAUGCAGAGGUUGAACACUUCACAUCAUUAGAGUCACAACCUUUGACCUCAGGAGAAUGUGACAUCAUCAUCGAAAAACCAACCUACCUCAUCAAGCUGGAUGCUGGAGUGAAUAUGUUCCAUCAUUUCUGCGACUACGUGAACCUUUACCUCAGCCAACACUUCAACAACUCCUUCUCCACCGAUAUCAACAUCAUCAUGUGGGACACCAGUGGCUUCCAUUAUGGCGACUUCUUCAGCGCCACGUGGAAAGUAUUUUCAGAUUAUCCCAUUAUUCCUCUGCAGCAGUACGACGGCAAAAGGGUAUGUUUUAAGGAAGCUGUUUUCUCCUUUCUGGCUCGGAUAAGGCUGGGACUGUACUACAAUAUGCCACUGGUGAAUGGUUGCGAGGGAAGUGGACUGAUCCGCGCAUUCUCGCAGCACACAAUCCACAGACUGGAAGUCCCUCAGGAGGGACCGCUGAGGGACAAAGUUCGAGUGACUGUGCUGGCACGGAACACAAAGUACCGGAACAUCAUGAACCAAGAUGAGCUGGUUUCGGCUCUAAAAACAAUUGGAGAAUUUGAGGUGAACCUGGUUGUGUUCAACAAGGACAUGCCAUUUUUAGACCAGCUGAAGAUCUCCCAUAACAGUGAUAUCUUCAUUGGCAUGCAUGGUGCUGGGCUCACUCAUCUGCUGUUCCAACCUGACUGGGCGGUGGUGUUCGAAAUCUACAACUGCGAGGACCCGAGCUGCUACUACGACUUGGCCCGUCUCCGCGGAAUCAGAUACCUCACCUGGGAGAGAAAGGACAAGCUGGACCAGGAGGAUGAGGGUCACCAUCCAACACUUGGAGCACAUGCUAAAUUCACCAAUUAUGGUUUUGACGUCAAUGAAUUUCUACGUCUAGUAUUUCAAGGAGCAAAACAUGUGAAGUCCCAUCCCAGCUACAUCGCAGCACACACAGAAAAAUAUAGCGGAAAUUCCAAAUCUAAAGAUGAGUUAUAGCUUGAGUGGAACAUCAUCUGGAGGGAUAAUAACGGAAAUAGGAAAAUAUUUUUAUACCAAAAUUGUGUAUGUCUUAUCCAAAAAUUUUAAAAAAUGAAAAUUUAAUGUUUGAUUAUUUUAGACUGUGUGUUUGUCCUUUUAAUUAUUAUCAUUAUUAUUAUUUAUUUCAGUAUUUUUAAAUUAUAGAUAAGACUUUGUUAGCUUCAUUUUGUGGCAUUGAUCUUAUUUCUGUCAUUUCUGCCCAAGCCCAAGUUCAUAAAGAGAUCUGAAUAUAAUUUGGAAGAUAUUCCUUUUUACUUCAAUUUUAAGGUCCUUAAAUUUAAGUGGAUAAGUUUUGUCUGGUUGAUGACCUUACAUGGAGAGGGUGUGAUGUGGCAGCAGAAAUACAUGUUGUGUCAGUUGUUUGCUAAAAACGUAAAAAUGUGAAGACUCAUUUUUAAUAUAUUAUCUUUAGAGGAAAUUCAACAACACCAAAGUCUUUAUCAGUAUUCAAUUCAUUGCUUUUUGUCCUCCAAAAUUUGGCAUGACAUCUAUGAAAA